AUGGGCUCGAUCUUCUCGACGUCAAGCACGCCCGCAGCCGGAACGGACGUGGGCAGCGAGCGGCUGCAUGAGGACGCGGCGAGGAAGGACGCGGGCUGCGACGAGAGCGCUGGCGGCGCCACGAAGAACAAGGCCACCGCGGGCGAUAACUCGGAUAAGGCCGUGCGAAGCCUCGCAGGCAGUGAAGAUGCGUCCACUGCAGGAACCUCGUCGCCACAGGCCAACCUCGAGACAGCAAGCCUACUGCUUGGCUUGCAGCACAUCAGCGAAGCGCUCUACGAGGCCUUGAGCGAUGAUGAUGCUGGGGACGACACUACCGCCAUGGACCACUCGAAAUCGUGUCUUGGCAAGCGCGAAGCACCGAGCGUCGAACACAAUGCACCUGCAAAGCGCCAGCGCGUGGUCUACAGUACGUCGCUUGCUCUACCAGCACCCGAUGACGCGUGCUCACCGCUUCGCUUCCUUCCACUCGAUGCGGUCUGGAGUGACCACAUGCCCAAUGAGAACGUCCAUGCUCUCGACACCCCCGCCUCGCCGAAGGCUGUUGCCGAAGCAGCCAACUGCCCAUUUGCGUAAACUCAAGCAGCAGCUGCCAACGUGUGA